AGGCUGUGUGGGAGAGCGGCAUCAGUGUGUUUUAAAAGAGCUCCAGGUGAUUCCAAUGUUGAACAAAGUUCAGGAAUUGCUGACACAUACAUCACUACCAUAAUUGCCUGUUUGUAUCAUUUUUUUUGUUUGUUUGUUUGUUUUUGCAGUUUUGGGCCAGGGCCGGAACCGCCACCUCUGGCAUGGGGGGCCGGCGCCCUACUCCUUUGAGCCACAGGCGCCGCCCUGUUUGUAUCUUUUAAAGUCUUUCUAUUGAGUUGUUUGCUUUUUAGUAUUUAUUUGAAAGAGAUUUCUGUUUACUGGGAAAAUUAACCUUCAAUUUAGCAAAUAUUUUUACAAAUGAGUCUUUUAUUAUUGUUUAUGUAGUUUGACAUCUAGAAAUUUAGUAAGUAUAUGGUCAGAAUUACUCAUUUGUUUUCCUUUAGUGCAUCUUAUUAAUAUUGAUAAAAUAAUCAACUGGAUUAUGUUCACAUCUGGAAUUUAUUUUAAUAUAAAGAGUGAGGUAUAGAUCCAGCUUAUUUUUUCCCAAAUGGAAAAAUGGUUAUUUUGUUUUUUCAGAAAAUGGCUAUUUUGUUCAACAUAGUUGAUCAAAUAAUUUUGUCUUUUCCCUAAUAAAUGUGUAAUGCCAUCAUUUUCACAUAUAAAUUUCCUGUAUGCACUUGAACUUGUUUCUAGACUCACGAGGAUUUAAACACUACAGCUUUAAAAUACAUUUACUGGAGGCCCGGGCUCGCCCCGCGCCGCGCCAGGGGCUCGCGCACUCGGCAGGUGGGCUGCGGCGGCGGCGGCGGCGGCCGUGGGAGCUGAGGCGCUGCGCGUGAGAGGUCCCGCACACUUCUGCGGUUCCGGCUCCGCCACCCUCCAUCCGCCUCCCUCACCCCAGUCUCCCGGCGGGGUGCUGAGGAGGGAACGGCUCUAGCCCUGGGAACCCAGAGCACACCCUGUUUCUGACAGCGGCCUGCUUCCCUUCCCAAACGCGGGCUCGCUCGGUGCUCGGCGACUCUGCCGGGAGGCGGCGACGGCGACGGCUGCCUGUCUUUGGAGAGCCCCGCUGCCCUCCAGCCUUGCUCCUCCGCCGGGCCCUGCAGGGGCCGAGAAAGCUCGGCUCCCGGCCUUCCGCUGGCCUUUUUCGUCAGCCUGUCGGAGCAGAGUCGGUCCGGGAGGUCUUUGGGCUGAGGCGGCGGCUGCUCCUCCGGCUCCAUCAUGUCCGCGGGCGGAGACUUCGGGAAUCCGCUGAGGAAAUUCAAGCUGGUGUUCCUGGGAGAGCAGAGCGUUGGAAAGACAUCCUUGAUCACCAGAUUCAUGUAUGACAGUUUUGACAACACUUAUCAGGCAACGAUUGGCAUUGACUUUUUAUCAAAAACAAUGUACUUGGAGGAUCGAACAGUACGAUUGCAAUUAUGGGACACAGCAGGUCAAGAGCGGUUCAGGAGCUUGAUUCCUAGCUACAUUCGUGACUCCACUGUGGCAGUUGUUGUUUAUGAUAUCACAAAUGUUAACUCAUUCCAGCAAACUACAAAAUGGAUUGAUGAUGUCAGAACAGAAAGAGGACGUGAUGUUAUCAUCAUGCUAGUAGGAAAUAAAACAGAUCUUGCUGACAAGAGGCAAGUGUCUAUUGAAGAGGGGGAAAGGAAAGCCAAAGAGCUGAAUGUUAUGUUCAUUGAAACUAGUGCAAAAGCAGGAUAUAAUGUAAAGCAGCUCUUCCGACGUGUAGCAGCAGCUUUGCCUGGAAUGGAAAUCACACAGGACAGAAGCAGAGAAGACAUGAUUGACAUAAAACUGGAAAAGCCUCAGGAGCAACCAGUCAGCGAAGGAGGCUGUUCCUGCUAAUCCCCUGUGGCAUCUUCAACCCUUCUUCAGAAGCUCACUGCUUUGGCCCCUUUACUCUUUCAUUGACUGCAGUGUGAAUGUUGGCUUGAAUGUUUUCCCUUCAGUAAUAACGUAUUGCAAUUCAUCAUUGCUGCCUGUCUCAUGGAGAUGAUCUAUUAGCUUCACAAGCACAAAAAAAGUCAGUGUCUUCAUUAUUUAUAUUUUACAAAAAGCCAAAAGAUUCCAGCAUAUUCCAGUGAUAACUUUAAAAAUUAGAUACAUUUUCUUAACAUUUUUUCCUUUUUUAAUAUUCUGAUCAUGUACUUCAAAUGAUGGAAAUCUCAGCAGUUUGAGUGGCUUGGUUAAGGAGCAAUAUGUUCACUGCCUAUUUGAUCUCGUGCUGCUUUUCUCAACUCCCCUCAAGCCCAUUCCCUGUUCUUAUCCUCCCUCCUUUCCUCAAAACAAACAAGAGGUGGCAAAGCAGCAGUCAGACUAAGCCCAU